GCUGUUCUAUGAGCAUGCUUUGUGUCUCCUUUAGCUUUAACACAUCAUAGAUGAAUCUUUCACUUUUAGCGCUUUUAGUGUAGAUGGGGCGGAAGUAUUUUCCUGUACAUAUAUACAUAUAUACUCACAGAAAGUGAUCAGACUAGGUUGCUAUGGCAGGGUGCUGCAAGCAAUACACCAGUGGAUGGAAAUUUCCCACAGUUCUUCUCUGCCUCUAUGGAUUAUUUGCUAAUCUAAGACCUUUGGAUCCAUUUUUUAUUGCAUAUCUUGUUGGACCACAUCAUAACCUCACAACCGAACAGGUGACAGCCGUUGUGUUUCCAGUGUGGACUUACAGCUACCUGGCAUUGCUGGUUCCUGCAUUCCUACUAACAGAUUACCUGCGUUACAAGCCAGUCAUAAUCCUGCAAGGCCUUGCAAUUACCAUCACAUUGCUCUUACUCCUGUUUACCCAUGGUGUUCCAGCUAUGCAAGCAAUGGAUUUUGUCUAUGCUGUUUGUACUGCCUGUGAUCCAGCUUACUAUGCCUACAUCUACAGUGUGGUUGGCUCAGAACAUUACCAGAGGGUGACUGGUUACUGCCGCAGCAUAACGUUGGUGGGUUGUACUCUUGGCUCUGUGAUUGGACAAAUGCUAGUGUCCUUGGCUGGGGUGUCAUACUUCAAUCUCAAUGUAAUGUCAGUGACAUCAACGUUGGUGGCUCUUUUGUGCUCUUUGUUUCUCCCCAUGCCAAGUAGCAGUAUGUUUGUUCACAGGAAGAUGGCCGGAGACACUACAAAUAUAUUAUCCCAAGAGCUAGAAUCUCCUCAUUCAGAGCAAACACAAAGUGCCACUGGCACAGAAACUGAGAACAAGAGUACGGGCAGUAAUAAAUGCCUACAGGUACUUUGGCGCCUGGGUAAAGAAAUGAAAGAGUGUUACUCCUCUAUGAAGAUCUUGUACUGGUCCUUGUGGUGGGCCUUUGCCACAGCCGGAUUUACCCAAGUAAUAAAUUAUAUUCAGCUUCUAUGGGAACACGUGGAACCUUCUCAGAAAUUUUCUAUAUACAAUGGGGGAGCUGAGGCUAUAUCCACAUUUCUUGGUGCCAUUUUGUCUUUCUCGGUGGCAUAUGUGAAGGUGAACUGGGAUGUGUUUGGAGAACUGGCUCUUACCAUUUUCUCUGCCAUUGAUGCCGGAGCCAUCUUCUUCAUGGUUUACAGCAGAAAUAUCUGGAUGUGCUAUGCUGGAUACAUCAUUUUCAAAUCCUGUUACAUGCUCCUCAUCACCAUUGCAACGUACCAGCUUGCUUUUAAUCUAAGCAUGGAACGUUAUGCACUGCUGUUUGGCUUCAACACCUUUGUUGCUCUGGCUCUUCAGACCAUCCUGACUCUCAUUGUGGUGGAUCCUCGAGGCCUGGCAUUGGACAUUGUAACACAGUUUAUCGUGUAUGGAAGCUGCUUUUCUGUUAUUGCUGGGAUCAUUCUUAUAAGGAGCAUGUACCUCUUGAUACCCCUGUACUGCAAGGGACCCGUCAGUCACCUACACAAGGCAAUAACAGCCAGAACUAAUGAUUAUGGGCUAAACUGAUGUCCCUGCAUCCACCUGAACCAAUACUGCUCAUACAGGGCACAUACAGUCACUGGGACAUCAUUCCCUUGUCUAGGUCGGCACUUUAUAGCCCUUAAUGUACCCUUUAAUCUUAUGAGAUAAGGGAGAACUCUUGUUUCAGGUGGUAGAACAAGUGAGCCGGCCGUGUUACAGGCAGUGUUCCUUUAUAAACCUGCUCAGCUACAUUUUAAGUAACUGGUCUGUGCACUGGACUGGUGGCUGAGACACAAAAGCCAUAAAUAACCUGUAAAAUAUAUAAAUGUAUUCUUAUAAACAGUAUUAAAGGUGCUGCAUGACUCUUUAUGCUGCAUGACUCUGCAUGAA